GCCCGCCAUUAAAAAUUCCCUGCCAUAAAAAAAAAAAAAAGGAAAAAAUGAAAGCCAGGCAAAAGUUGUGCCAGGCAAUUGAUUCACUGUACACCAGUUGCCAAGCAACAGCUGCAGCGUAUACACUGCUUGUGCUCGAAUGUGUUCGAGCCAACGAUGUUGAUCAAGCCAAGAGAUUGCAAUCUCACAUGGAUCUUCACCAUUUUACACCUAAUGACACGUUUUUACACAAUCGUAUCCUUCACUUGUAUGCCAAAUUUGGGAAAGUAUCAGAUGCUCGAGUCCUGUUCGAUAAAAUGCCUCGAAGAGAUGUUAUCUCCUGGAACGCCAUGCUUUCUGCAUAUGCAAAAUCGGGGUCUAUUGAGAAUUUGAGAGCGCUGUUUGAUCAAAUGCCUUUUCGUGAUUCUGUUUCUUAUAAUACUGUGAUUGCAGGUUUGGCUGGGAGCGGGUUUUCCAGCAACGCGCUUGAGGUUUUUUUGAGGAUGAAUAGAGAGGGGUUUGUGUCAACUGACUAUACUCAUGUGAGUGUGUUGAAUGCGUGUUCACGGUUAUUGGAUUUGAGGAAAGGGAAACAGAUUCAUGGUAGAAUUCUUGUUGGUAGUUUGGGAAGGAAUGUUUUUGUUUGGAAUGCUUUGACUGACAUGUAUGCGAAGUGUGGCGAGAUUGAUAGAGCAAGGUGGUUGUUUUAUAGAAUGAGUAAUAAAAAUGUAGUUUCAUGGAACUCAUUGAUUUCUGGUUAUUUGAAAAACGGGCAACCUGAGAAAUGUAUUUAUUUGUUUCAGGAGAUGCAGGUAGGUGGUUUGAAACCUGAUGAGGUCACAGUCUCGAAUGUUCUUGGCGCUUAUUUUCAAAGUGGAUUGAUAGAUGAAGCAAGUAAGGUUUUUAGCAUGAUUAAAAACAAGGAUAAGGUUGCUUGGACGACAAUGAUUGUUGGUUAUGCACAGAAUGGAAGGGAAGAAGGUGCUCUGAAUUUGUUUAGCAAGAUGUUAUUAGAAGGUGUCAACCCUGAUAGUUUUACGAUUUCUAGUGUGGUUAGUUCCUGUGCAAAAUUAGCCUCUUUGUGUCAUGGUCAGGUUGUUCAUGGGAAAGCCAUUCUUUCGGGAGUUGAUGAUGAUUUGCUUGUGUCUAGUGCCCUUGUUGAUAUGUAUUGCAAAUGUGGAAUAACUAAGGAUGCCUGGGUUGUUUUUGAUACGAUGCCAUCCAGAAAUAUAGUUUCUUGGAAUGCUAUGAUUAGGGGUUAUGCACAGAAUGGACAGGAUUUAGAGGCCCUGGCCCUUUAUGAAAAGAUGUUGCAAGAAAACUUGAAACCUGAUAGUAUUACCUUUGUGGCUGUUCUAUCUGCUUGUAACCAUGCUGGUUUAAUUAAAGAAGGACGUAGAUAUUUUGAUUCUAUCAGUAAACAGCAUGCAUUAGUACCCACUUUGGAUCAGUAUGCAUGCAUGAUCAAUCUCCUUGGCCGUUCAGGUUGCAUGAGAGAAGCAGUGGAUCUAAUUAAAAAUAUGCCCCAUGAACCAAAUUCCUUAAUCUGGUCAACCCUUCUUUCUGUCUGUGCAAUGAAGGGUGACAUUGAACAUGGGGAGAUGGCUGCUAAGUGUCUAUUUGAACUGGACCCCCUAAAUGCAGGACCUUACAUCAUGCUUUCUAACAUGUAUGCCACCUGUGGAAGAUGGGAAGAUGUGGCAUCAGUGAGAUCUCUCAUGAAAAGUAAGAAUGUCAAGAAGUUUGCUGCUUAUAGUUGGAUUGAGAUUGAUAAUGAAGUUCACAAGUUUGUAGCAGAAGAUCGAACUCAUCCCCUAACAGAAAUAAUUUAUGAAGAACUGAGCAGACUGAUCAAGAAAUUGCAGGAAGCUGGCUUUAUGCCUGAUACAAAGCUGGUUCUUCAUAAUGUGGUGGAGGAGGAAAAGUUUGCAUCCAUUUGUUACCAUAGUGAGAAACUUGCUCUUGCAUUUGGAUUGAUUAAAAAGCCCCAUGCAACAACACCCAUUAGGAUUAUGAAGAACAUUCGUGUUUGUGGUGAUUGCCACAUGUUCAUGAAGUUGGUUUCUAAAAUUAUUGGGAGGCCUAUCAUCUUGAGAGAUUCAAACAGAUUCCAUCAUUUUGUUGGUGGAAGUUGCUCCUGCAAGGAUUACUGGUAAUGAGCAGCCCAGGGAGAUCAGAAAUUCAGCUGAGCUUUGCAAGAAAAGUCUCAUAAGUAAACCUUCUGCAGCCAGGACAAACGGUACGUGGAAGGAAGAGCUCUGUUCCUAAUAGACUUAAAUAGUGGUAAGGGCUACUAAAUUUUUUUGGGAUUCUUGAGAAGAAUGAGUGAUAAGUUCCGAGGACUAUUUUAAUUAGAGGAACGGGAGUACACUUGCCAGAAUUUCUAAUGACCAAUUGUCCUGAUGUUUUUAGGACCGUGAAACGUAAAAGAAUUUUAAAAUUAAGAAAAAUGAGAGAAGUCGUUAUAAGU